GGGAAGGAUGUAUUUUUUCCUCCUUACACAAUGCUUUUGAAAGGUGCACAGCCUUUCUCUUCAAGUCCGGUCAUGACCGGGCUGAUGUCAGACGAAUACAACAUAUUAUCAGGAGCUUAUGUGCCAGUCUUCACAUAAGUUUUCAUUUGCGAUUCUUGAAUUGACUUCUUAUUCCCUUUUGCUAGUGCCGAAUCUAUUAUGAUAGGAAUGUCGCAAUCUCAGAUUGAGCUAUUGCAAGGACCGGCUUUGACUCCUCCACCUGGUGUUACCUCGAAUUUUGAUAAUCCUUAUAGCCUUCGGCCGGCAGCUGAUGCGGUCAAGAUAGUGACUACUAUUCUAGCCACUUUGGCUAUUUUCAUACGUGUUUAUACUAAAUGGAGGAUCAUUCGAGAGGUGCAUUUGGAAGAUUAUAUUGCGGUUGUAGCAUGGUGUGGUUAUGUUAUAUUUAUCGUGACAACCGGGUUUGAUCCUAAUGUCUUUGGACGACAUCAAUGGGAUAUCAGAUUGGAGGAUUACCAAAUCUUCCUCUACGGUACCUACAUUACAUCCAUAUCCUUCGGUCUUGCGAUAAUGUCAAUCAAGAUCUCGAUAUUGCUACAAUACAUUCGACUCUUCACAGCAGGAACACGGGAUCUAAUGUUUUGGAGCUGCCAUGCCCUCAUGUGGAUAACUAUUGUAUUCUAUACGAUUCUGCUAUUCAUGACAAUUUUCAUUUGCACCCCCAUACCAAAGUUUUGGAGCGUACUGGAGACCACGGGUCACUGCCUCGACGUGAAUUACUUGUUCCUAGCGACUGGGACGGCGAACACCAUAACCGACUUUCUUAUUAUAUUGCUUCCGCAACCGAUCAUUUGGAAGCUACAGAUGAGUUUCAAGGAGCAUAUUGGUGUCUCCGCCGUUUUCUCAACGGGACUUCUGGCUUGCAUAGCAUCCAUGGCGCGACUGUUCGUUUCAUUGAAACUUUUGAAAAAUCCCGAUGCUUCCUGGUAUACGAGUAUCAUGUGUAUUCCUUCAUAUGUUGAGCUCGGAGCCGGGAUCAUUACAAGCUGUCUUCCAACAUUACCGAAAUUCUUCAAAACGACGUCGCAGAUACCUCGGGUGUCAAAAAUGUGUAAUUUUGUCUCUUCGCUCUCCAAGUCUUCGAAUUCGUCUGGCGAGUCUAAGGAGGAGGAAGAGAGGAGUAGUAGUUCUUCAUGGAAUCAACAUCGUAGGAUGCCAUCGAUGUCAAGGGGUGAGGGGAGAGGUUUAGAAAGCUACGAUGUUUUGGAGGAGUGGGAGGGACAUAAUGCUGCUUUUUCGACGGUUAGUUUGGGGAAUACGACGACGGCUACGGGAAUGAGAAUCGAAGGAGAUGGUUUGGAGAUGAAGCAUGUUGACGAGGAACGCGGAAUUUUAAGAUCGGUGCAGAUUUCGAUUGUUCGUCAGGGUCCAUUGAGUAGCGAAGAGAGGAAUGCUCAUAUGGUUUGAACUAUGUUAUGAAAGGCGUUUGGACGGAAAAUGGCAGGGGAUUGACACUGCAAAAGUGAUUUCUGGGACA